CAGCUUGAAAAUGGUAUAAGAUGGCGGCUAGUGGGAAGGACAUUUUGACCGCAUAUCCCCCCAAAAUUUCACGUGAUUCAAUACUCUCCGUCUAUCCAUUGCACUGGCACGUCUGGCAUAAAGAUGCCUCAUCACUCGAAGAAGAACUUGCUUUGAACAAGGUAGGUGCUUUACAUGGAACGGGUUUUAACCACGAGACAAGUGAACAUUUGUUCGCACGGCAAAACCAGCGGAUUUACCAACCAUUUGUGGUUUUCAUGUAGCACAAUAAAGAGUUACUGGACCCUCGAGGACGGACUCCACUUCAUCUUGCGGUUAGUCUGGGUUAUGUGGAUUGUGUAAAGUGUCUUCUUCGCGGAGGCUGCGAUGCAAACGCUAUUAAUCAGGAUGGUUGGAAUGGUAUGUAGUAAAAAUAUUGCUAGUUUUUAUGUAAGAGAUGUCUUUUCCCCACCUUCAAAGAAUUAAUCCACUUAGAUAAGUAAAGCGAGAUCUGAAAGAUAAUGUGAAUAUUGUAUGUGGCAAAUUUGAUGCUGAAUUUCAAGUACAGUAAAUAUUAAUUCUGGCAUGGGCUGUGAUUUGAAAUACUUAUGUCCUCCUGUCCUAACCCGUUAUCUGUAGUUUACACCUUCCACAAUACAUUGUAUGUGUCCCUUCCUAUGUUAUCUGGCUAUCUGUCACUACACAGGCCAUGCUAAAAGACUGCUAUGAAGCAGUAGGUUAGCAAGCAAUGGUUAGGUUUAGCAAUAAAAUAGAAAUAAAAAAGAGGAAAACUAUUUUUGUAAGGAGGUUUUUCACGACAAUGCAAAGUAUGUAUCAUUUUGCAUAGCCACUUGUUUGUCUGUUUUACAAAGUCUUCAUAGUAUCCUCAAGCUGAUUGCUAAUGUCAAAAAUAUUUUGAGGAACUUAUUUGAGACAGUAAGUAGAUAUAUGGGGAUGCAGUCAUGCCUCCAUGCUGAAAAUUGAGCCACAAACGUUCAGAAUUGCAGGUGCAUUUUUAUAAGUAGAAUGUGAAAAAUGCUGGUUGUCAGCUUAUUUUGACAACCCUUUGUGGGAAAAAAGUUUUGUUUAAUGUGUAAUUUUUCCUCUUCUUAUACUUCAAGCAUGUUAAAACAAGAACUUUAUCUUUGGUGCUGUGGAAAUUUCUUAUUUCUUACUUAGUUUGAAGGAGUUGCAUUUACACCUCAAUGAAAAUGAAAUUUCUCAUUUUUCAGGAGCUAAAAUGCGAAGAAAAACAAAUAACAAUGAACUCUGUCAUAUACACUUGGUUGAACAUUCUAAACCAUUAGACAAGUAUUGUUUUAAAUGGAUUUGAAUGGAUUUGAUAUUUUUUAGUGUCACAUGAAGCGAUUAGCACUGGAAACCCUGAAAUUUUAUCACUUGUACUUCAACACCGAGAUUUUCAAAGAGGAAGUCAAAGGCUUGCUGGAAUUCCUGAACUAUUGGAAGAACUCAAUUCUGUUAGUCAGAUUCUUUUCUUCAAAUAUUUUAACCUUAUCAUAAAUUUGGUAAAAAUGCUAUUGCUGUGUUUGUCCCAGACCUUUCCAUGGAGAGGUCUUUGAUCUAGUUGUAUUUACAUGUAGUGUAUUUGCCAAUGCAUGUUCAUUGUGUGAUACAUGAUAUUGAAUGCUCUCAGGAAUAUCAAUUACUUUAGUGGUAGAUGCCUUGGAUGAAAGAUUUUCUAGAAAUGUCACCUUUUGUGUCAAUUACAUAGCCUUCACAGCUUCAGUUGGGGUCAAAAGGUCUAGAUUUAAGAGCUAACAGGGUUGUUGUUUUGUAUUAUUUGGCAAGACACUUAACUCUUAGUUUAACUCAACUUUCACAGUGUCUCUCUCCACACAGGAAUAUACUUGGGUACCAGUGAACUGUCAGGGAAGUGUGAUUAAAUGGAUGGGGGGGAGGGAGGAGGGAGAGGGAGAGGAGAGGCUGCAGGAUAGGCUCCUGCUCAAUGGGCCACAUUACUUGAAAACAGACCUUGAUAACAGAGGAAGAAUAUGCAAGUAAUGUCUAAUUGUAGACUUAUGAAUUUUAGGUUUGUAGUACACAGUAUUGACUAGGAUCUAUUUUUCUCUCCUGGACAUUACAGACUCCAGAUUUUUAUGUGGAAAUGAAAUGGGAGUUCACCAGCUGGGGUAAAAACUUCUUCAUUGCUGUUUUUUCAUGUACAGUUAUAAUAAGCUAUUUUGAUUUAGAAUGCUUAUCAGUCAAAAAGCUGUGUUCUGCCGCAAAAUUGCACUAUACCAAUACAUGUAAAUGCAGUGUGAUUUUUAAUAAUUAUCUGGCUGAGAUACAGAUUCUGUUGAGUUGCUCUGAGAGAACUAAGUUGCUUCUCAAGCAAUGAUUUAGUUGAUAGAAGAUAAGAUAUAGAUGCCAAAGCUUCAACCUUGAUAUUACUUGUCAUUUAAGGAACCGUUUUGCAGAAAUUUUUAAUUGAUGGGAUGAAAGUGACCCUUCUUCAUUCUAGCAGUACUUUAAUUGAGAUACUAAGCUCCAGGAAGAUAUUUGGCUUGAGGACAUAACCUAUGCACAAAGUGCAGCAAGGUCUGUGUGUCCUGAAUGAGAGCCAGAUAUUUUUCUGUCCAGCCUGCCCAAAUGCAGCAUUUUAUUAUAUGACCACUAAGUGUUGAAAAUAGCAAAAUUUUAUUUCAACCAAAAGAAGACACAAGAAAACUCCAAAAAGUCAAUGAAAAAGAUUUUUUUACAUCAACACUUUUCCUUUGUUUUUUUUUUUUCGGAUAUCAGAACAAGAGACUCACAAUUCAUUGAAAAAUGCAACUUGUUUUUCUUUUUUUUUUUCAUGUUCUUUUUCCUUUAAGUUUUUGCCCUGUUAGUGUAGGGCCAGAUAGUGUUUUCCAGACAGGCCCACCUCAACCCAUCGGGGGUUUCACAGAUCAACUUUCUCAUUCACGUGGUAUAUUAUGAUGACAAUUGUUCGCUUAAUUUGUAUACUAAAUUUGAACAUUCUGUUUUUGACAGUACCGUUUAUGUCCAGAAUGUGUCCCAGUGAUACAUAUAAAAUAUACAAAUGUGGUGAGUAAAGCUUUUGGUUUAACUAUGUGCAGUGUGCUGUUGAUACUGAGCAUUUUGAUUCAAAUGUGAAACUUCAUAUUUACUGUGUUGGGUAAAUUAGUACAACUAUGCACCAUAUCUCAGUGGAUAGUGUUGAAGGUGCACUUGAAUUGACAACUCAGUGUCUCUGUAUCCUUUUCUAUUCACCCCAAGCAACUCAUGUGGGAUUUGCACCCAAAAAUAUGGUAAUUGUAGCAGGAAUAGAUGAAUUAAAAUCAGCUUUUUGUGCUUCAUUAUCUCACUGUUUUAUUAUACAUGUGUACCUAUACAGCUAUUCAUUGGAGUGUUGGUGGCUAGCAGUGGAUAUUUACCUUGCAGUUUCACACUUAGUAAAUGUCCACUACCAACCGCCUCCACUUUGGGGAACAGUUUUUGAUUAUUUGUUGUUUAUUUUUUUACCUUAGUCUGUAACAUUCAAUAUCUGAUUUGUUAUUCCCCUAUCGUUUUUGCAAUUUUCUUUCUUGUUAACUAGUUGGGAGAAUUUGCAGUUACAGUACAUUUAUGUCAAGAAUCACCUCUUGUCUCAGAUGAUACUCUCUUUCUUUAGCUGUUGGCUUUAUUGAUAUUUUAAGAAAACCUUAAAGACAUAGAGACAGGGGCUGUCUAGAAAACCAGUUGACCAAACAUAAAAAGAAAGGUGGUGAAUUUGAACUUGGCUACCAACUAUAGAAGGUUGUUUUAAUUUGUUUUUUUCCUUCACAUUGGACAAAGAAACAAUUUGAGUCCCUACAAGAAAUCAAACCUCCAACCUUGUCUAAUGCUCCACUGUUGACCUACACACAACUUGGUGGGGAGCUAGAUUAACUACUUGGUUCAUACAUUUAUAUGACCUGCAUUGUUCUGGGUCGUGGACGCACCUAAUAACGCAAUACACAUUUACCUAUCAGCCUGGUCAAUUUUUUGUUUGAUUGUGGUUGUAGGAGCAAAUGUUCGAGCUGACACCACGUUAAUUGGCUUUGACCAGAAUGACUGGCAGAGGGGUAAUAGGAGUUACGUUUUUAAGGGUGGAGGUAAAUGAUGUGAUCAUUUAUGAUAACUGAUCUAUGGAAUGCUUUAUGAAUGUAUAUUGGGUCAGUAAAUGAGUUUGGAAACCACUGUUUUUUUAUAAGUCUGUCUCAACAUGUUGGUUAUUAGAUAGAAAAUUUCUCUUUGGGCAUUGUCUUUGACGUAUAAGAUGCAGUUUUUCAUUAGUUAAUAUGUGUUGUCCUGUGGAUGUCAGUCACUCUUCCUCAUGCCCUUGGAUACGAAGGCUCACAUACACUUACUACAAAUAAAUCUAUUAACAAGGUCUUAAAGGGUAGUGUGGAUACAUUUUGCAAAUAUUUUAAUUUAAAAGGGAGUCAUUCUAAUCAGUGAAAAAAAGUCUGUAUAUUUUGGAAGUAUCAUUAGGCAAAACUGAUUUGUGAUGACUGGAUAUCCUGGUAGAUUUUGACUGGUUAGACUAGAUCUUAUAUUAUUCACUAAUUAAACUUAAUUUUUUACAUGUGAUAUACACAUUUCAUGUCAUGUGGGGCAACUGAUGAUAUUGUGAUUCAUUAAUACAUUUUUAGCGGAAGGAGGAGAAUUUUUAGAGAUUGAUCAUGAAAAAAAGAGAUACUUCAAAGAAACUUUGCAUAUUAGGUAUGUUGGGCCAUCUAAACAUAACUCAUGAUAGUAUUGAAGUUUAUAAGUGAAGUCUUCUAAUGCGAGGUAGCAUUUUAUAUCUUGCAAUCAUUCUUCUAAGAAUCUUGGACUAAUAGUCUCCAAUUACAAGCCAGAUUCAUUUACUGCAAGCUAAUAUUCUACACACUGUAACUGCCAGUGAAGCUUAAAAUUGAUGACUCACUUUUUGAGACUAAUUAGUCCAAUACGUCUCAACUACACUGUGUAUUAUUUAUAUUAUUUUGUUAAAUUUAGAGUACCAUACUUUGUUUUGCCCAUGGAAAGCUAUUGCUAGUCUGAGCAGGCCAGUCAUGUUCAAUUAAAAGAAAAUUAUACAUCAACAUGCAUCUAUAGUCAGGAUUAUUUUGAAAACUAUGGUCGUCAUUGUCUUUCUUUCUUUUUGUAGGGAAGAUUUUCGUGACCUGGAGGGGCUUAAACCUUCAGAAGAUGUUAUCAACGCCAGAUUAACAACACCAGCUGUUGCUACCAUGCUUAACACAGAUAAUAUUGCAUUUACAAGGUAACGUUAAAUUAGAACACUUUCUUGAUGGUGGGCUAUGAUGCAGUUAUUGGUUAUUCCUUGAUCAGUUAUACAUGUUAAUAUAAGCUAUCUUAGCCCUGCAGUUUGUAUACAAGACAAGUUGUGGAAUUUUCUCUUAAAAGCUGAAGGGAGAAAGCUUUGCACGCUUACAAAUUAAAGAAAAAUCAAAGAGACACUAUGAUGACUUUGUGAAUAUACUGGGUAGAAUAUAACUGUUUAUUGUGUUGGUCAAGUCUAAGGUUGCAAAGUAAAUUUGACAGUUAUUAAACCCUACCCUCCCAAAAAAUUGAAUAAGUUCUUAAGACAGAAUUGUCAGUCGCUUAAAUUCUGAUCAAUAGUAUAUUCCACAGUGCAUAUCCCAUGCAAAAUUAUCCUCACAAAGAUCCUCCAUAAUUGAUCUGCCCUGUUGAGGAAUCUGUCUGCUCUCAUGCUCUCCCAAGAUUCCUUUAAGACUGUGUUAACACCACAAAAUUUUUGCAUAGAACCCCUGCUGUACUCGUUCCACCAGGAAAAAUCACAGUUGCCAGUUGUUUGCAAAAGUGUUCUUGCAUGAGACAGCCUGUGUUAAACUCCCCCUUAACCAAUUACUGGUAAUAUUUGGUUUUAGGGUCAUCUGUAACCCAUUUUUAACAAGUAAAAUUUACAUUUCUGCAGGAUUUAGUUUGCUUCAAAGUUAAUUACUUUUAAUAAGUUAACUAGAAGGAAUCAGUUGAAUCGACAGUUUGAUAAAAGAGUCGGGAAUAAAUGUGAUAUUUCAUGUGUUUUCUCUCUUCCUCUUUUUCUUGUGAUGCAGAUUUGGUGUCAGAAUAAGUCACCCACUAUACAAUUAUACUGAAUCGCAGAAUAUCAUUACAUUGACAGUCACUGCUUUGGGCUCCAACCUCUGACCUUUCAAAGUUGCCAUUUGAUACUGAAUAAGUCACCCACAACACAAUUAUACUGAAUUGCAGAAUAUCAUUUCAUUGACAAUGAUUGCAUUGGGUUUGAACCUCUGACCUUUCAAAGUUGCCAUUGAGUGACCUUAAAUCAUAACCUUAAGAUGGUUGCCAGAAAUAAAAUUUAAUAAAAAGUGGAAAGGAAAGUAGUUAAUUGUUUUUUACAAAUGCUUUUAAAAUUCAAAUAACUUCGGACUGUAAAUAUUGUCACCUAUGAAAAAUCACUUUUUCAUUAAAAAAAAUCAUAACCUUCGUUCAUAUAAAAUUAACUUCUCUUUAAAAUUCACAAGGCACAAGACCAUGUGGGGGUGGGGUGGAGACAAGACAGAGGUAGUGAAUGGAUAUGAGUGCAAAGUGUAUACAGCAAGUGGGGUGGAGGUUCUCACCAAAACACGAGUGGAGCACUUGAAUGCUGAGGAUAAACAGAUGGCUCAAAGUGAGUUCUUUGAGUUCUUUUAGUUUAAAUGAAUUGAAUUUCAAUGGGUGAUCCUUAAUCAUAUUCAUAUGUUACAUUAUUUUCUAAUACAUUUGGCCAAUCAAUGACCUAUUUUUAACACUUGAUGUUCUAAUUCAGGUGGCUCAAAUUGGUUCAGCCAUUUUUAAGCUACAAAUUAUUUGAAAGAUGGCUAUAAUUAUAUCUGCAACUUUUCAUUCGUGUCUUUAAAGAUAACAUCAAAAAGCUGCCUUAAUUUUAGCAUAAUAUACCCUUGGCUCAAAUGUGAAUUUGAACCCCAAAUUUCACAGUCAUUUACAAUCAGCUAAUGUAGUUUCAUCUUUGCAUUAAAUUUCAAAAAUAUAUGUCGUGUGGGUUCAAGGCAACCUAUAGUAAAUGUGGAUAUCAAUUAAGGUGGCUCUGAACCUACUUUGUAGAUUGUGUAACUUUCAGAAAGAUGAAAAAUAGAUUGAUUUAUAGUUUGCAUUUCAGCUAAUGAAAGUGGGGGUCACUGAAUUAGUUUUGAUUCAGGGGCACAUAAAGCUGUGAUCAAGAAUGUUUCAAGAAGAUGUAGCUUAGCAAUCAAAACUUGUUGAUGCAGGAAAGAGACCAAUGGUUUUAUUAUAUGGAACCAUUGAUUGAAGCAAUGAAGAUAUCAAAUGUGGUUGUACAAACAGAUCAAACAGCAUAUUCUUAAAACAGGCAAUUGCUUGAGUCUCCUUAAAUAAUUAUUAUACAAGAGGAAGAUAAAUUGCAGGCAAACUUAAUUUAAAUUUAAAUCAAUACUUAAAACUCUUUUAGUCCAAAUCAAUUUAUAUGACAUCUACAUCUCUGAGUUUGCUAAGUGAAAGCAUUUUCUUAUAGAGAUAAGCUACUUAAGACCUAAGUAUUGCUUUUUUGAAAAGAUACAAAUUUGAAUCAUACUAUCCCUUUUUCUGUCUUUUUAACAGAUACAAAUGAUACAUUUGCUGCAAAUGGUCUACAAACUCUCCUUGGUAUUGAAGAAGAGAAUGUAUCAAAUAAUGUGGAGGUAAAAGAUUUCUUGAGUACACUUUUAUACUAAUUUAAAUACAAAUUUGGCCUGUGUUGCGGGUCAGAAAAAUAAUUAAGACCAUUUUAUUCAUUUUUGUCUGCAAAUUUGUAUCCCUUUACACACUUUUUGUAUCCCUUUACACACUUUAUAAAGUUCAAGUGAGAACAUGUUUCAAUGGCAAAUGAUUACCAACUAUGUCACAGAAUGUUUCUAGAAUCUGGGAGAUAGAAUGGUAAGGCCACUGCCAAGCCAAUAUUUAAUUGAAUAAGAACGCUAUUAUACACAUAUUUACCAGGUGUUAGGAUCACACUUGACAAGGACUUGUAUGUGUAAAUUCCCCUAAAUCCCUCUUAGAUAUUAUGAUUCCUCCAAAACUAGACUCCUCCAGCCAGUAUUGUCCAAGCUUAAUUAUGGGAAAGUUGCAUUUUGACACAUUUCAUUCUGCUGCAUACUUGUUUAUUUCCCAACAGGAUGACCAAGUUGGUUCAGACUUAGAUUGUACCUCUUCUAACCCUUACAAAAUGAGUUUAGAGGAGUACUUUAAUCCUAAUCCAGAAUCAAAUACAAGGGGUAAGACUUUAAAUCAUUUUAAAACAUGUGUACUGAUCAGUGUUUGUGAGCAGAUCAAUCAUCAUGACCCUAGAUCAGAAUAUGAUGAUAUUGCUUUAGUGCAGGCAGACUUUCUCAGGACCUCCAAGGAGUUAUUUUUUCUGCCACAUUGAUUUAAUUUAUCGAGAGAAAAAGAUGAUGAAAUUUUUGCCUCUAUGUUUUGGAGGCCAAUUGCCCCCCAUCUCAGAAACUCUUAUGGAACAAGCUACCUUGAAGUUCUGAUAAAAAAGGUCAACCAAAAAUUGGAAUUAUUACCAUUUAGUUUUCUUUUGGGAGUCAUCUGUUGAGCAGUGUUGUUAGAGUAAACUUCUCUGGAUAGUUGUUACAUUCUUAACCCUUAGGUUUAACUGUUACACCACCAUUUAACCUAGCCCUGUGUCAACUGUAAUUACCUUCUAGAUUACUAACUGCAACCAUACACAGGAGAAGGUAAAGAAUCCGAUCCUACCAAUGCAUCAACCAACAUUGGUGGUGUGUUGGCCAAUGUGUUGGUAGUCUGUUGGUGAUUUGUCGGUAGUGUGUUGGCUGACGUGUUAGCUGACACAUUGAUGGGAUUGGAUUCUUUACCGUUACGCACAAAUAGCUUUUUUCUUCUUAGCCAACAUUUCAAUUAUAUGGUCCAUGAUUCAAUUUGUUACCUGGGGGCACCAACCCUUUUGGAUGUACCUUCAAAUGCUUUCUAAGUUUAACCAAAAUUGGUUGCUGUUCUCCAGUCUUCACUGCAAUAGUCCAUUUAGUGUGCUUGGUUGCCAAGCCUUGGAACAGAAGUGACACUAAGGGUGACCUUGUUAUGAUAUAUACAUUGCUGGUUUUCCAAUGUAAAUUGCUCUGUUAUUGUGCUAACUAGAUACUGGUCUCUGUCACAACAAGGUCACCUUUAAACUCAAUCUAAAUUAAAGGCUUGGCAGCUAAGUACACCACUUUAAAAUGGCCUAUUUCAUUAUUAGUAUCUGGAACCUCACUAAAUUCCAACAAAUUUCUUCUACCCAAUGAGGUGCAAAAAGUCUGCAUUUCUUUGUGUAGACUUAAUAUGUAUCUUUUUACACCACCAGAUAUUGGAAAAUUGAAAGAAAUGACAGUGAAGAAGCAGAAAUUUAAAGCUACAAUUUCAAUGUGUGACAAGCACCCGUUGUCUCUUCGCGAACAAGUGCUUCCAAUUGUCAAAUUACUGGUGAGUACAUGGACCCCCUCCUUGAUGUAUCAGUAUAUAUAAAAAAGAGUGACCUCUAAACUUUAAAGCUUCCCAGUCCUGAAAUCUCUUUUAUUAACUUAAAGUUUUAUAUUACUGUCAUUUUACAACAUGCAAUGUUUUGCAAACUUAGUUUGGUGUACAACAUCCCUCUCCCUAAGAGUAGGUUUGAAUAGUAAAAGAAACAAAUAAUGGAGAUACAAUAUUAUGAAAACAGAAAUUCAGACCCUAAUGUACAUCUACAAACCUUAUUGGUGAUAUUUUGUGGUGUAAAAAAGUGAGGAAAUGAUAUGGCUUGAACUUGUACUUGAAAUUAAUAAAUUAACUGGUUAGAUGUGCAAGGUACAAAAUAUGCUUAAUGAAACUCAUUAAAGUUAUACACGUAGGAGUCUGACAAGUGAACAAAUUAUAUGGGAAGGAAAUUUGGGGAAUUAAACCAUUUGAUAAAUGGUUAUUACUGUAAAACCUGUAGCCAAUACUUUCCCUGUAUGAUCCUUAUACUUGGUCGAUGAGGUAAAUUUAUUGCUUACUAUGAUUAUUGUGGACUAAUACAUCUUGAUGCAGGCUAUCAGCAACACUCAUUUUGCUAAGCUUAGGGACUUCAUUGCACUUCAUCUACCAGCAGGAUUCCCGGUCAAAAUAGGUAAUGUGUGCUUUGCUACAUACAUUUUUAACUUAUGAGUAGCUGGAAUUUUACUCCUGGUAAAUGAAAGCCUCCAUGUGGUAAGACUUUGAGAUGGUGCUGGUUUUUAAUUUUCCUUUUUUAACAAUCAGUAAUUACAACAAUCAGUAAUUGUCAACCACCAAGAGUUGGGAGUCAAUCAAUUGAUGUUACUGACAGAGACAGUAAAGUUUUGGUUCUUUCAGAAAUUCCUUUGUUCCAUGUCCUAAAUGCCAAAAUAACGUUUGGUAAUAUUGGGGGAGGAGAAUGUUCAGUGGAAGGAGUGCAUGCAAUCAGAGCUGAUAUACAGGAAACUGGAGAGGAUAGUCACACCUCUACUGAGGGGGAGGAACAGCCCCUUGUAGAUGGGCUGGCUGCAAGGUGUGUCAUAGAAUCAACUUGUUUUGAUGCUCCAGCAGACUACCGAGAGGUUAAUCUGGAUCAACCAGUUGGUGAGUAACCUUUUUGCUGGAAGAAUGCAAAACAUGCAUUUUGCAGGUCUUAAAACUGAAAGCUGGUCAAUGGAUAAUGUCAGGGAAAAAAUUCAGUUGAUGUGCAUACUUUCAUACAUCUGUACAGAGGAGGAACCAAAUUAACUGUUGUAAUAUUUCGACAGCUGUGAAUACAUGAAAGUCAUAUGUUUGAAUUGCAGGUAAAGAAGUAUGAAAGUGAUCUUCACAGUUAUGAACACUACUUAAGCAUUAGUGAAAAGAAGGCCUGGGAAAAAAAAAAAUUCAGGCCUGUACGGGAUUUGAACCCAUGACCUUUGUGAUACCUGUGCAGUGCUUUACCAACUGAGCAAACAAGCCAACAACUGAUUGCUCUUCUUACUUAAACUUCUUCAAGGUCCAUGGCUAGGAACCAUCAGCUGGCCUCUAGCCAUUAAUGGAAUAUAUCUUAACUUUGACUUUUCAGAAGACCUAAUCCACUUAAAAUUUUGUUUGGCCAUUUAAACAUGACCACUAACAUUCAGUUUAUUCCAUAGCUUCCUUUUGUCUCCUUUGUGUAAUCACGUAGCUAUUUAUACAUUGCGUUGGCCCACUUACUCUUAAGCUUUCACAAACACAUCAACCAAGAGCUACAUUUCUUUUUGCAAACAUCAAGGAUCUAUUCCAUUGGUAUCUGGUCAAAACCAUGUGUUCUUCACAUCAACUGAGUUGAUAAUGUAAAUUGGCCACUGUAAAGAGUCUCAAAGCUAACAUUUCAAGUGUUAGGCAUUCAUCAGAGUGAAUGACAAAGGGCUAACACUCAAAAUGUCAGCUUUAAAACUCUACAGUGGCUAAUUUAUGUUAUCAACUUAGUUGAUAAUACUAAAUUACCUAGGUAUACUCUCUCACUGAUGCAGCACCACUGUUAUUCUUUAGAAACUCGCACCCUUUUUUCUUCACAUCAGAUUGGCAACCAUAAUGCCAAGAACAAUGUAGCUCUAGAAAUUAGUUUUUCAACUUCAUUUUACCCAUGCAGACAGCUUAAAUUCACAAAUUAUGACACUAGAGAAAAGAAGGAAGGAUCACAAGUCCCUGGCUAACCUUCCCGCAACAAUUGUCAUGACAUAAUGAAAUUUAAAAUAAAGUGUUUAAAAGGGCCUGACAAAAGAGUCAUCUUCCAUAAUAAAGUUAAAAUCUAAUCUUCCUCAAAAAUGGGAAUUGAAAAUAAAAUGUUUAAGAACACUGGAAGCUUGAGCAUGUAUUGUUUUAUCAUUGUAAUGACUAAAAAACUGACAAAACUGUUUCUCUCUCUAUGGUCUAUUAGCUCCUCUUAGAGAUGAAGAAGACGAGAUGCUACAACUAGUAAUACAACAGAGCUUACUUGAAUAUCAACAAGAUCCUGCACAGAUUGUGACUCUUCAGACUUUACAAGGCAGCCAGCAACAAGAAGAUGAUGACUUGCAACGGUAUUAAAUGCAUCUUACACUGUCUAAAAAAAUUCUUGUUCACUAUUCCACAAAACCUAUUAGUAAAGCCUCUCAUCUUCCUCUGGGUUCUGCUGUAUUGAGUACAUUUAUAUUCUUGAGGUGCCUGGAAGAUACAGUAAUUUACUUAACUAGAAUGAUAAUUUAAGCAUUAGCAAUUAUUGUGUGGACUGUUUUGUUCUAUCCUUGAGAAUGAUGGUAUUAAUACUCAGAUACUAAGUCUUCCCGAUGCAAGUGUGGACUGUUUUGUUCUAUCCUUGAGAAUGAUGGUAUUAAUACUCAGAUACUAAGUCUUCCUGAUGCAGGUAUUAGUAACACCUUGGAACCCUCAGUUAAUUUUCCUCCUAAGCUUGUGAAUGCAUAGUGUGAUUUAUAAUUUGGAUAUUAAGCAAUAUUUUUCAAAUAGUGCAAUAAGAGAAAGUAUGAGAGAAAGUGGUGUUGAAGAGGGAGAAACCCCACAAGUUCUUCCUGUUCAAAGACAAGAAGGAGAUGGAGUCAUUGCCUAUGAUGAAGACUUGCAGCUGGCUAUGGCACUUUCUGAACAGCAGCUGGAGGAAGAUGAACGACUUCGAAAACAGGAAGAAGAAGAGCUGGCUCAAGUCAUUCAGCUAUCUCUUGCAGAAAAUUAACUUGUAUAGCUUUCAGAUCAGGCUAUAAAAACUGUAAAACUGUAUUUGCAUUUAAUUCUUCAAACUAAAGUGAAGUAGUCGGUAUAUUUAGUAACUUCUUAAAGUGAAGUUGAAGCUCUGAGAUUUUUUGGGAAGUUAUUGACUAUUUAUUGUUUAUUUUUGAAAUGGAUUACAACAGCAAAAAAGAAAGAAGGCAUUGAAAAUGAGUUAUAAAAUUAGGAAACUACAAAAAUUUUGAGUAUCAUUAGGUAGUUCUCUAGGCAUUACAUUUUUUUUUGAUAGCAAGAUCGUGCCACAUGUGACUUAACAGUCUUGUGAACAGUGACUUCAUGUAUGAAAAAUGGUAUUAUUUUCAAUCUGCUGCAUUCAUUUUACGUGAAAUAACUAAUUACUUUGUGUCAAAUGACACUUCUUAUUCUGUUAGAAUCCACACUGUCUGUAUGCUUUUAGAGUUGGAGACUAACUUAAGUUGUAUUGACAAGUGCUAGUGUCACCUUAAGGGUCAAACACUGUUUGGUGUCUGCAGUAAUAUUACUCAAGAGACUUCCUAUAAGAAGAACAUUAUCAUUAAAAAGAACUUUUCAAAUUUUCAUUUUUUUCAAAUUUGUUUUGGUUAAGUCAACAUAAGUUGGAGAACAUUUCCUUUUUUGGAUUGAAUUCAUAGUUACUUAUACCUAGUAUUCUCUAUGUAAAUUAUUCCCCCUAACUAUUAAUUGUAUUUAGUUCUCUUGGAGACUGUACAAAUUUAGAGUGAAACAAGAGGAAACAUUUAUAUUAAUAUCAAUAACAUUUUAUUUAUCAGACCAGAAGAUAUUAACAUUUUUGUUUUAUCAUUGUGUCUGUGCUUCAAAAGUCACCAAAGAGGUGCAGUCAUGUUUCUAGUCAUGUUGUCCUUUUAUGUAGGACUGUUUUUAGGUUUGUUGUUUCAAUGUCACAUUGGAUGGUUGGAUAAUUCCACUUUUUGUUACCAGUCAAUUGUGCAAUAAUUCAUUUUUUAACCAUGAAAGUAAAUGGAAAGUUUUAUUAGGUGGUCUGGUGCUAAAUAAAUAACAUUCUUAACCCAUGAACAAGUUGUUUCUUUUGUCAUAACUAUGAUUGAUGACAGGACCUUUUUCAAAAAAUUGCUAAGUUAAAGUGCAAACACAUGAAAUAUUAGUUUUUAAGAUUGGAUACAAAAAGGGAUGUAUUUCCUUCAACUUUAACUUUAUGAAAAUAGUUAUAUUCCAAUGAACCUUGUUAAAUUGUCUUUACUUAUGAC